GGGAGGGAGGGAGGGAGAGAGAGAAGAGGGGAGGAUAUAUUGACUUGGAGCAGCUCUGCUCUCUCCACAGUGUGUAAAAGACAGAGAACGAAAGAACAGACACGAUGGAGCGCUGGAACAGAUGAAGACUGUCACUGGUUCCACCCAGCGGUCCAUAUGAGCGUCUCCAAGGCCCCGCCACCGCACUCGCACUUUGCCCCCCCCACUCACCCCCCCAUCAACAACAACAACCACCAGCCCCCUGCCUCCUCCUCUUCUCACCUGGUAGUGCCCCCUUCUUCCUCCUCCUCCUCCCCCCCCGCCCCUCACCAUGCCAACCCGCCCCCUCCCUCGCCCGUCAAGAUCUCUAUGCAGGAGCACUUUGCCAUCAACGUGUGCCCAGGGCCCAUCAUGCCCAUACCCCAGAUCUCGGAUUUCUUCCCCCGUUUCCACGACUACCCUUGCACGCCGCCCCCGCCACGCGAGAAGAAGAUCUUGAAGGAGGACAACAAUGGGAUGGUUGAGUUUGGAGGAGUUGGAGGAGACAGGGACAGGGAGAAGAGGGAAGAGGAUGAGGGCGAGAGGCAAGACUCGGACGAUGAAGACACUUACUUGGGCACACUGGAAUUUAACUUGCUUUUUGAUCAAGAAAACAACUGUCUACACUGCACCAUCCACAAAGCAAAGGGACUGAAGGCCAUGGACUCCAACGGACUGGCAGAUCCAUACGUCAAGCUACAUCUCCUGCCGGGGGCUAGCAAGGCCAAUAAGCUGAGGACAAAGACCUUGAAGAACACCCUGAACCCUGUGUGGAGCGAGACCCUCAUGUACCAUGGCAUCACAGCUGCCGACAUGACCACUAAAACACUCAGGCUCUGCGUGUGUGACAUGGACCGUCUCGGCCGCAACGAGUUUAUCGGUGAGGUGCGAGUGCCUCUGAAGAAAUUGAAGGAGGGAGAAAGCAAGAGGUAUAACAUGGGCUUGGAGAGAAUUGCACAGAACAAGGAGAGUAACAACCAAGCCGUAGAGCAGGGAGCCCCUGUAGCAGAAGAGGAGCGUGGCCGUAUUCUGGUGUCACUGUGCUACAGCACAGAGAAAAACAGCCUGCUUGUGGGCAUCGUGCGCUGCGCCCACCUUGCCGCCAUGGACUCCAACGGCUACUCUGACCCCUUUGUCAAAAUUGUACUACAGCCUGAUAUGGGGAAGAAGUCCAAGUACAAAACCACAGUCAAGAAGAAGACUCUGAAUCCUGAAUUCAAUGAGGAGUUUGCAUAUGAAGUUCCACAUGACCAGCUGGCAAAGAAAACACUGGAGAUUUCUGUGUGGGACUACGACCUGGGAAUGAGCAACGACUUCAUAGGUGGAGUUGAAUUGGGCAUCAAUGCCAAAGGAGAGAAACUUCGGCACUGGUUUGAGUGCCUCAAACACGCAGGAAAGAAAGUGGAGUACUGGCACACGCUCACACAGCAAGGAGCCCCCAGUAGUGACUAACACACACACUUAUACCUUUAUUAAUGAAUGAGUAAUAAUCAACUAAUGCAGUAAUAAAAGGAUGUGAUCUAAAACAUGCAAUAAUUAAGACAGUAAUUAUAAUAUCAUAAUUAUCAAUAAUCAAUGGUAGGAGAUUAUGACAAUGACCAAGUUAUGCAUAAUAAUUAUUAUAUGAAUAAUAAUAACAAAAAUGAUCAUAAUAAUAACAUUAUUAUAAUAAUGUCACAACACCGUUUUUCUUAAAGGUAAAACAGUUUGUGAAAAACAAUAUCCCUCAUUAAAAGUGUUGAUUGUGAAAGUGCUCACAAAUUGUGCUUUAACCCCAUUACCUGCAUUCUGUCAUCCGUUGUUACUCAUGAACAGCGUAGAAGCCUCACCUGUACCAGAGUAUGUUUAUAAGCAACUGUAAUGUUAGAAGGUUACAGUAGAAAGGUCAAAACAAACACUGACUACUGAGGAUGACUCGGGUGAUCAAGUUGUAAAAAGAAAUCUAGUUUUCAUGUUUAUCUGAUGCAAUCCUACACAAUAUACGGUGAAGCACAAAAGGGUCCAUUUGAUGGUGUCUACCUUAACUGUCUGUAAGUAACUGUCCCAAAUCUGUAAUUGACAGUGAGUGGCUUGGUGUCAAAGAUAAUAUUUGAGUUUGUAGUGUGUGUGUGCAAAUAUUUGUGCACCUAUACAUUUUCGGAAGUGUGUAUUAUUGUGUAUGUGUGCGAGGGUGAGAUUGAGAGCGAGAGAGAGUGUGUGUGUGUCUCUGGAUAUCAGUGUCAUGUCCACUCUCCCAAUGUGUCCAACAUCCACCACUCCAUCAUGAGGACAAACACCCCAACAUGAAAGACUAAGGAUGAAAAAGAGAGACUCACAUGAAUGUUCCACACAGUGACACUUCCCAUGUCCAGUGGUGACUGUCACACACCCGACCUCUGAUCUCCAUCUUCUGACUCCAACUUCUUCCUGACUGACAGCUUCAGACGCAAACUCAAGACCAGUCACAAACCAAGCCUACCUUCUCCAUGUGCAACAGCAAAUUACAGUAUUACAGUUUAAGAGGAGACAAAGAAACACUUUUUUCUUUUCCAUCCUGUGAUUCAAGGAGUCAACUAAUCAAGAGGCUCUAAUGAUGAUCAUGUUUCAUUGGAUGUAUUUGGUCUAGUAUCAAACAGAAAUCUGCACACACUGUGGUCCUGCAAGUCAUGACAGGUCCUUAUACAUUUAAAACCCCUAGCUAAUCUAUGAAGGCUGACUAGGUGUAACAAAAAUGGCGGAAACUCUACCUAGCUUCACUUGGAGUAAGACAACAUACUUCCAUCUAUCUGAGAUGUUAAGGUCCACUGAACGGAGAAAGUGUUUUGGAUGCAGUGAGCAUGAGACCACAGGGACUAUCUGUUUCUCUGAGAUGAAGGACGGCCCACAGAGUUUAAUACCAGGGUUGCCAGACAUGUAGAGAUUUGACAGCAGAAACCCCCUUCUCUGGUAUGGAUUUCUCCCUGUGGGGAAAGGGAACUCUGUCAUAAUGGAUUAUGGUCAGAAACUCGGCCCAUCCUGGGGCGUUCCCAGUGGUUUGGUGGAGAAUCACAGACUGAACAGAAGGCAGAAUCAUACCAAUGUAUUGAUACAUAGUAUGGAUACAUAGUUUGUGUCUGUGGGUGUGUAAAGAAAUAUAUGGGCAUUUGUGUGCAUGUCAAUAAGUCUCUAAACGGACACCCCUAAUAUGGUCAUGUUAAUCCUAGCAAGCCUUCGAAAGAGGAUGACCAUAGAUGUAAGGUAGUACCCAUGAGCCCAGGGUCAGCAACCCAGCUCUCAUUGACCUAUUGCCCCAUUUUAUUCUGACCCUGGGCCCUGGCUUCAGUUUAGGCCUUUUAAGCUUAAUUCUGGUCCACAAAAGCACACUUCCAGUCAGUCAAUGGCCUCCAGAUGUUUUUCCUGUUUCCUGUCUUUGACUUAUCUGUCCAUUUUACUACUUGGACAACAGUGUGAAUGUGCCACAAUGGACAGAAAAAAAACAGUAUUUUAAUUCAAUUCAGAGACUUUUGCUCUCAGAGAAGAUAUUUGUCAGAUUCAGUCUCAGAAAAAAAGAUUAAAACAGAACAAGACAAAACAAUCAGUUAUUGACGUCAGCCACUUGCAGUCUGAACUCUUACCUGCAAGAGUAAUCAUGUUUCCCCCGGUGCUGUCAGUGACUGUUGUGAAGGUGGGGGUGGCAUGGCAGGGGGUGCUCUGCAUUUCUCUAUGCACAUCUGCGCAGAAAGACCCCCUUUCUCUACCCCAACAGAGAGGACAAAGGGAUCAUCUUGGACAGGACACUGACAUACACACAUUGUUCAUGUUACAAAGAUGCAUCCAUGGGUUUUGUAAUACUGUAGACAUUCUUCCUCUCUGCCUACCUUUGGAACGGCACCCUGAGAUUGUACUGCUUGUGUCUGCUGUAAUGAUUUUUUAAUGACGAACACUGAUUGCUCUUUCUUUCUUUCCAGGCCUGGUGAUCUCUGGGCUUGUUUACAACCAGAUUCGCUCAAUUUUUGUCUCUUUUCUCAGUUGUUCCAGCAAACCUUAUUUACACAGUUAUCUUAGCAGAAGCCUAGGAAGAGCGAUUUCAUGACAGAAACUCCACUGACAUGAUUUGGAUGUGAUAAUUUGGGACUGAAACUAAUGGAUAAUAGGCGUACCUUUUACAAUCUGCAUAAGACCUGCAUGUUAAAGAUAUCGACAACAAUCAUUGCCUUUGUUGCUGAUGCUACUGCUCUGUAUUGUUUGUUUGGGAUAGUUCAGGAUGUUUUUGUCAAAUUGGUGUGCUUUACUCAUUCAGCCAUCGCUUUAAAACCUUUAUUGUCACACUUAUUGACAUUUGUCUUCCUUUUAAGCCUGUUGGUAUGGAAGACUGAGAAACGAAGGGUGGGUAGAUUAAACUGAGUGGAUGAGGUGGUGGAUUCACUACUGUGGCAUCCUUAUGUACUUAACUGAACUGUCUAUAUGGAAACAUGUGGCGUUGCAGCCAUCGUGUGGUGGGUUUGUGUAACUACUUCACUAAUUAAACUGACAUUAUUUCA